AAUACUCAAGUACAAGUACCUCAAAAUUGUACUUGAGUACAGUACUUGAGUUAAUGUACUUAGUUUCCAACACUGGUGCUGACGGUCUUUUAAGUUAAUAUAUUUUCGGUCUAAACCGAGUUUCUGUACGUCUCUUCACCUGUAGUGCUCCUGUCUGUCCCGGUGGGGGCGGGGAAGGUGAUGCACCUGCUGUGUGACCUGCUUCUCCCGGCGGGGCGGGGUCAGGUGUCUGUUGUUUACCCCGUCUUCUCUUUGCUCUGCUGUGUCUCAGUCGGUCUUGUCGUCAGUUUGAUCUAUUCCGAUCGAAGUGAGAAUCAUUUCAAUGCUCAGAGUUUAUCUACAUUUAACAAAAUCGUUGUUUGUGGUCACAACCGGUCCUGAUGUCCCGGAAAAACGCGCAGUUCGGUCUGUAGACAAUUUGGGGAUUUAUUGUUUGACUCCGUACUUCCCGGUCGGUGCUGAGUUUCUGCGGAUUGUAGCCACAACAAAGAGCCACAAUGAGAGAUGUUUACCUGAACAAUGAGACGUGCAGGAACGGGUCGGGAGUGAGGUUGUGGUGCGGCUCUCAGUCUGCUGUGUGUUUGGUCACCGGAGAUCAAACACUCGUCUACACAUCCAUCACACACAUGAGCAAUGGCACUCAACUGACAGGUGUUCAGACAGUCAGCGCCUACAACCAGUGGCUGGGUCUGACUCUGGCCCUGCUGUCCGCCUUCCUGAUUGGUGGGAGCGUCAUUCUCAAGAAGAAAGCUCUCCUCCGAUUGGCCAGCAGGGGACACACUAGAGCAGGUGAUGGAGGUCAUGGCUACCUGAAGGACUGGCUCUGGUGGGGAGGCCUGUUAACCAUGGGAGCAGGAGAGGCCUGUAACUUCGCCGCCUACAUGUUUGCUCCGGCCACGCUGGUGACUCCACUGGGCGCCCUGAGUGUCCUCAUCAGUGCAGUUCUGUCCUCCUACCUGUUGGGGGAGGUGUUAAACGUGGUGGGGAAGCUGGGCUGUCUGCUGUGCGUGUUGGGAAGCAUCCUGCUGGUUAUCCACGCCCCACAGGAACAGGAAGUGACAUCACUACAAGACAUGACCAAUAAGCUGUUGGAGCCUGGUUUCCUUGUGUACAUGUCGGGGGUGUUGGUGCUGUGUGCCAUCCUCGUGUUGUAUUUCUCUCCUCGGUUCGGCCGCUCCAACAUCCUCAUCUACAUCAGCAUCUGCUCACUGCUGGGAGCCUUCACCGUCUCCUCCGUGAAGGGCCUCGCCAUCGCCAUCCAAACCGUGUUAUAUGAUGUGUCUGUGCUCGCUAGUCCUCUCACCUGGAUCCUGCUGCUCACUCUCAUCGUCUCCAUAGUAACACAGGUGAACUACCUUAACAAGUCUCUGGACACCUUCAACACCCUGCUGGUCUACCCCAUCUACUACGUGCUCUUCACCUCUGUAGUUCUGUCCACCUCCAUCAUCCUCUUCCAGGAGUGGAGGAGCAUGGCGGUGGUGGACAUCGUCACGACGCUGGGAUCCUUCCUGGUCAUCGUGGUGGGCGUGGCCAUGCUGCACCUGUUCAAAGAGCUGCAGAUGACGAUGGCUCAGCUGACCAAUCAGCUGUCUCAGCCUGUGGAGAGGGAGGAGCCUGCAGACGAGGUCUCAGCCAAUGAAUGCGCAGGAGGAGAAGAGCGAGGAAGGAGGAAUAAAAAGGAGGAUAAAUACGGACUGAUGGACAACAUGGUGAUAGAGAGUCUUCCUCCUAUGAGGGAGGAAGGACCGAGAGUCUUCAUCAUCAGCUGAAACAGGACGGAGACGCAGUUGAAGCUGCUGAUGUGAUUGUUCUGUUUCAAGCAGACCAAUCAGAAAGCUGUUAUAACGAUGUCGGUCAGUCAACCGCCCUCUAAACCGAAAUUAGGUUCAGACAUCCACUGUCCUUAGAUCCUCUGAUUUUUCCUCUGGUGUCAACAUGAAGUCAAAAUUUUCACUCAUCUUGUUAAAUAUCUCAACAUCUACCAGAUAGAUUACAAUUCAAACCUUCAUGUUCCCCUCAGGAUGAAUUGUUAACAACAACUUUUCAUCUAGCGCAUUAGCGUGCUAUUUUUAAUCUGUAGGUCGUGUAACAUGUGACGCAUCUGUCACCUAAAUCGAGUCUCAUUUCUCUCCAUAUUAGUUUAGUUUUGAUACAUUCUUCACACAACUACUUCUGUCACUUUCUGCAGCUGAAGACUUUUCACAUUUUUGUGAACAACACAGUGAAACACUGUGAAUGCAUUCAAGGAGAAACCGUCUGCAAACGUGCGACGUGUCUCACUCCUCUCUAGUAACAGGAAGUUGUUGAGAGGACAGCUAACAGCGCUAGCAGCACUGGAGGAGAUAUUAUUAUUUUCACACAGCUAGCAAACCAAAGAAAACAGAUUAAAUAUUAUACAUCUGCUGUUUGACAAAAUAAUAUUAACUCUAUUUCUAGUCCACUUGCUAGCUUUUUCUGGAGCUUUCAACCACAAACCAAUACUUUUGUUUGCAGAAAAAAAAAAACUUUUGGCCACAUGGAGCAUGUAAAUAUAUAUACAUCACUUUAAAUAAUAAACAUAUAUAUAUUUUUACACUCCAGCUUUAUUUCAAGAGACUUGUCCUUCAACCCUGGAGAAACUGCAACCCCGAUGAGUUUCAUACACUGACUGAUGAUCAAUAGUGUGAGUGUGUGUGUGUGUGUGUGUGUGUGUGUGUGUGUGUGUGUGUGUGUGUGUGUGUGUGUGUGUGUGUGUGUGUGUGUGUCUGCAGCUGAAGACUCUUCUGUUUAUGAAGCACAGAGGAACAAAUUAACCGAACUAAUUAGUCUGUGUGUCACCGCAGAUUCUCUGUGUUCUGAUACACAAACUGACGAGCUGCUUAAAGGAACAUAACGCUGUUUUAUCGUGUUUUAGCAGAUUCACCACAUAUCACGUGUACUUUACAUUAAGACCCAACAUUUUCCACCAUCACAGUGUUUUCCACAGCAUUUUUACAUGGUACUUGUGUAUCGAAGCUUGUGUAAUCAAUCAACAGAAGGUCCACUGAACUUCAUUUUUUCAAACUAACUGGCAGAAAAAGCAGACAUGACCCCACUGAUUUAAGCUGCUUGUACUUUGAUUAUUCAAAUUAACUCAAACCAAAUGCUGCCUGGAAAGAAGGAAACAAAAACAACACUGUAUGUGUUAUGUUUUGUAAAAUGGUUGGUUUUAUGCAAAGUAUGUGUGAUUUGAAGUUAAACUGCUAAAACAAAGUGUAAAAAAACAAACUCUGAUUUAGUUUUAUUUAUAGUUGUCUGAUCUUGUUCUCAACGAUGUCUUUAUGUUGCAAAUCAUUUCAAUAAAGAACUGUGACCAGA